CGAGCUGAAAGGGACAGACAAUUUCAAUUUGUUUAAUUUGUUGUAUUUUUUUUUUUUUUUACCCCUUGAUUUUAAUUGUUUAAAAUUAAAUUUUAGUUGUUUACAUUUGAGAAAUUGCUCAGCAAAUACUAUAUUAACUCAGUAAAUAGUCAAACGCAUAAAAUGGUAAAUAAUGUAUUAACAUAAGUGUGCUAAAGUAAAAGUUUAUGAGCUAAAUCUCAUCCAUGGUGUGGGUAUGUUCGUAGUAGUGAGUGACGAAGACAACCUUUUUUUUUAUGUGAGUGAUUUGAAAUACCUUGUGUACUUCCGUGUACAAACAUAUGCAAUUUUGGAGUGGGGUGGACAGUCUCAUAUCUUGGGUUAGUGCAACUUGAGGCUGUCUAAAAUUUUAGCCACCCCUCUCACGAAAAACAAUUUUGCACUUUGCCGACAAUGUCGUCCUUCAAUAUAUAUAGAAAAAGGGCCGUCUGUGUUAGAACCCCCGACCCAACCCCCCUUUUUUCUUUUUCCAUUGCUACACCACUAGGGGCGGGAAAGGGGAACUGAUUGCACAAUAACGGCACAAUUUAUGACAGCGCAUUGUCACAAUAUAAGACAGCGCAUUGUCACAAAAUUUCCCAAAGCAUGGAGCAUUAAAGAAAGGUAUCAUUUGAAGACAGUUCCCGUCGCUCUGUCAUCUAUUGCUAGUGAAUGCAAUAAAUAAAUUUCGAAUAGUCAUGGCUGACACCGGAGGCGUUGCAUGAAUUAUUUCCUUGUCCAGUCAGGUUUCAAUCGGCACAGAAACAUUGCAAAUCCCCUCUACAUGCACAGGAGCCAAAAUGAUCAAUACAUUGAUCGUGGGCCCUUAAAUAUAUAGAAGAAGAAGAAAAAAUUAUUUGUUUGUGUUUUGAGAUGGAUAAAAAAUAUCGUUAAUGGCUUAGACCAGUGGUUCUCAACCUUCCUAAUGCCUCGACCCUUUAAUACAGUUCCCAUUGUUGUGGCGACCCCCAACUACAAAAUUACUUUCGUUGCUACGUCAUAACUGUAGAUUAUAUGUGUUUUCUGAUGGUCUUAGGCGAACCCUGGGAAAGGGUCGUGCGACCCCCAAAGGGGUCGCGACCCACAGGUUGAGAACCGCAGGCUUAGACACUUAAUUAGAUAACCGGUUCACGUUAGCAAAAUUUGCGAUGUCAGGGCUUUUGAAUUUCAAUUUUACCAGAUUCUGCCUUAAGUGUUUUUUUUUUUUUUUAAUUAUAAUUUUUCUUUGCGGUAUUUAUUUAGCUGUACGGAAAUACAAAGUCUUAGAAAUUGACACCACCCUGACCCCGACUAGAAACCCCUGACCAUUUGACCAACCUGUGAUACACUUAAGUUUAUACCUGUUAAAAACGCUACGUAGGUUACAAUGCUGAAACUGGUUUCCUCUCCAUCUCUUCCCUCAGGGGGAAAGAAAUACGAUCGUUGGCGACGAUCGAACCAAAGUGGAUGAUCGCUACAUGGCGACGAUGUUUGUCGAUAAUGUGGUUAAGCAAGGGAGGCAUUACAGCUUCGAAGGAUCUCAAGUCGUGAUGCCCGUGACCUGGGACACCUUAAGCCAGUAUACAUUUCAUUGUGGGUAUUUCAAAAUGUUAGGCCUGUGCGCCUGCUUUUGUUAAGUGACGGUGACGUAUCAAAAGGGUGGCCCCCCAAAAAAUGAGAACAUGUCAUAGCAAAAAGUUAUUUAAUAUAAUUGAAAAAAUAUAAUGUUUUGUUAUUUUUGGCCACCGGAUAUUGUCAUAAUAAUGAUGUUUAUCUAGGUAUUAAGUAAAUCAGUAAUAAAUGGAUACAGAUUACAUUAACAUUUGUUAUUAUAUGUACUGUUAUGGCACUUUUAAUGUGGCAACAAACAAAAAAAGUCAAAAUACUAAAUUUCAGAAAUUCAUAACUUUUAAACAAUUGAGUUACAUGAACAAGUUUGGUAUCCACGUUCUUAGAAUCAUGAGUUCUUGACAUGACAGUAUAAAAACAAAGCUUUAAUAUAAUGGACUGUUUUGAAAAAUCAGUGUGUGGUACCUAGUUAUAGAGCAAUAAAUAUAUUUGCCGUAAUGAAUUUUGCAGUUAUAAAAAAAUGCAAGGGAUGGGUUAGUUUUGUCAGAUCUCGACAGUCAAGAGUCCUGAAAAUUGAACAUGUUCACGAUUUUAUGAUAUCCCCGUUGGUGGGGAACCGAUAUGUGCAGACAGGAUCUUUCGUUUUAUUGAACAUGUUCAUGAUUUUAUGAUAUCCCCGUUGGUGGGGAACCGAUAUGUGCAGACAGGAUCUUUCGUUUUAUUGAACAUGUUCAUGAUUUUAUGAUAUCCCCGUUGGUGGGGAACCGAUAUGUGCAGACAGGAUCUUUCGUUUUGAUCAGGGCGGAUUUAGCUUACGAGAGGCCUUAGGCUGUUCUAAUUUGGAGGCCGUUUGCUAUAACACCCUCAGCUUUAACUGAGAAACAAUUUAAAUCUAAUUAAAAUGGUUUUUUAAAAAAACCUGGCACAUGUUUGCGUUUGCACUCACCAUUAUAAAUAUUUCUUUUGUUAUAUGUAUUAAAAUAUAUAUUAUAUGAAUAAUUCUAAAGAAUAUGAAUUUCAUUACAUGGAAAUCGAUCUUAAGAUGACAAUGGCUACCUGACAAUGUAUCUGUAAAGAUAAUUUAUAAUUAAACAAUCUGUUUCAUUAUAUAUUUAAUUUUAAAAAACGAAAAGUAUGAUUAUAGUGGAAUACCGUUAUAACACACCCCACUAUAAUCCCAAUGCGGAUAAAAAUUGGGAUAUUCAUAUAUUUGUUACCACAUGGAGUUUGUCUUCAAACUUUGUGAAAAAAAUAGAAAAAUAAUGAAACUUCAUUUGAGAAUGAGAUCACCUAUACAUUUGAAUAUUAUACCACGUGACCUCUCUCUCCAGAGCGAUUAGUUACCAUCAGACUAAGAACUAGUCCCUAGUCACAGAAUCGCUUCCAUGCAAAGUCGGGAAGGUCAACUGUCUUUUUUAUUCCUUUAUAUAAUUUGAUAAGGUCUGCAAGAGACAGAAUCAGCGUAAGGUUUUGUUUAACUUGCAAUCAAGCUUUUGUAAUAACUUCUGGAGUCAUUUUAAAGCCAUAUCCUGCAAAGCUUUAUAAUCGACAAACAUCACAAUGCCUAAGGCUGUAAACUGUAAGCAAGUAUGGACAGUCGUGUACUUGAUGUUUGACUUUCCGCAGGGUAUCUGGCCAACAUCCACAAGCCAAACUAUCAGUUGAACAUUUGCCACGUGCCGGCCUACAAGGAUUUCAUCAAAGUUGGCAUGAGUAAGUAAGGAAGUCAAUCUGAGUAUCGUUACUGGUUGGUGAGUGGGGUGGGGGGGGGGGGGGGGGGGNGACAAAGUAGCAAAACGUUUAAAGUGAAGCAAGAUUACAGCCUCGUCCUGCUAACUCCAGGAAUAAAUUUCUAAUUCAUUUUGACUUCAGUUGAAAUUUAUCAGAAUUGAAAGGUGGGGGGGGGGGGGUGCGAUGGUAUUUAGUGACCUCCUCAUCAGCACAUCUUUGAAUUACUGACAAACAGGGCCGUGCAAAUGAAAAUCAGCGCCAAGGGUGAACCUUAAAAAUACCCCCUGCCCUCACCCCACGUUUUAUCAAUGAACAAUAUAAUAAAUAGGUCAUACUUAUUGGAGAUUUGAAGAUUUGGCGCCCCUGAUGUUGGUGCCUGAGGCGGCUGACCCCUUCACACGGCCCUGGUUAAAAAUAUGAAAAAAGUACGUAGUAUUUUGCUCUUAGUAACUGAAACGAUAUAGGCGAUGUAACAUUCCAUUUUAUCUGACGGCUACGUCUGUUUGUGACUGGAAACUUUUCCCGUACGUGGCACAUGCGUUUAUUUUGGGGUCAUGGUCCUAGUUGGAUUUGAGUCAAUUUUGCUUUUUAUUGCUGUGCGCUUUCUUUGGGGGUGAGCGGUACGCUUAUUCUCUGAGAAUUUUGCUCCAACAACAUUGAGUCUGUCACCCCAGCUUGUACGAUCCAUGGCAAAUGUGUCCCGUGAAUUAAAGAUCAAAUUGCCCUCCAUCUGUCCUGUAUAUAGGAAUGCCGUCAUUAUUGUCAAGAAAAGCAUCAGUCAGCAUUGAUGAGAAUACCUUGCUAAAAAGUGUUGGGAUAUAGAACACAUCCUUGUUUUACGCCAUUAGUUACAGACAAAUCCACAGACUCGUCCAAAAUCCAUCACCCUGGGCAACAGGCCAUGAUCAUGGAGUGGACGUACUGUUUUUAUAAAUAUACUCUGGCAGCAAAACUUGUCCAGGCGAUGUAACAUUCAAUUUUUUACGGUUACGUCUUAAAGUAAUUAUAGAACGAUAUCGGCGAUGUAACUUUUGAUGACGACGAGCCGUGGCAAUAAAACAAUUCAUUGAAAAUUGGAGGCUCUUUGAAUAUUGACUGAAAGCUUUCGCCCUGAGAGAAAGUAACUAGGUGCCAUGAAAGCUUUCGCCCUGAGAGAAAGUAACCAGCGGCCAUGAAAGCUUUCGCCCUGAGAGAAAGAAACCAGCGGCCAUGAAAGGUGUCGCCCUGAGAGAAAGAAACCAGCGGCCAUGAAAGCCCUCGCCCUGAGAGAAAGAAACCANUGAAAGCUUUCGCCCUGAGAGAAAGUAACCAGCGGCCAUGAAAGCUUUCGCCCUGAGAGAAAGUAACCAGCGGCCAUGAAAGCUUUCGCCCUGAGAGAAAGUAACCAGCGGCCAUGAAAGCUUUCGCCCUGAGAGAAAGCAACCACCGACCAUGCAGUGCACUAUACGUAGAACCUGAACCUUGAACGAGAGGUUUAGAGACUUGAGUCCAAUAGUAUUUUGGACUUUUAGUGCCAACGGUAUUCUGUGUCGGUUAGUCCAAUGGUGAGGCCCAGGGUACAUUUUCAACGGCCCCCCUCCACCCAAUCCACAAAAAAAAAACAACCAAGUUAACUGUCCGUGUUGCAGAACGAACAUUCUGUCAAAAUGCCCAAGGUGACAGCUGCCGUAAUUAAAACAAGGAAACACACACCAUUAAAGGGGAGCAAUUCAAGGCAGUCGUUUCGACCAAGCAACCGGCAAAUCAAAAAUUAUUCUUAAAGGGCGACCGUCUCUUCCCCACGGAUGAGAAGGUAGUAUUUUAAUGCUGUAUGCAUUUCCUCUCUAAGAUUCUAACCUCUGAUAAGAUCAGGCAUCUUGGGUUGUCUCCAAACAAAUGUGAUGUUUCAACUGAAAAGACCUGCUGAAAACGCACCUUGCUUAUAUUUCGUAUCUGUGAUGAAACGAGUCCAUUGUAUGAUACGUCAUCUUUAGCUUAAUCAUAACAUAGUUUAACUUAAUUUUAAUAGUAUUUUUAGUUAUUUCAUGCAUAUUAAAUAAAAUAAUAUUUAACAUAUUGUAUUUCUCAUAUUAUAUUAUGAGAAGGACAAAUACAUGUUUUUACUCAAUCCAAAACACAUCCUCUCAGGUCAAGGUGACGUGUUAGAGCUGAUGAAAGAAGCAGAGGUGAAAUCAACGGAGAUCAAGCGAGUUUUUGAAAAGCUUCUGACCGACAACCAGGUGAGAUCACCAGUUUGGGAAUCUAGGGCUUUUCGGCCUUACUAGGACGAGCAUAGAACAAAGUUAUUUCAGUAUCACUCUUAAAAUCAGAGGUGUGAUUGUUCAAGGGCGCAAUCCACACCUCACACACCAUAACCUUGGUUUUAAGGGAUUAUAUAUAUAUAUAUUUUUUUUUUGUAUAUUCAGAUUGUCGGGCGAGUUCUGCGCAUUGCCGGAAACUCAACAUGGAGCGCCAUCGUGGAAUUAUGUAAACUCGUGCGACCGUGCAUGGUUGUCAUGGGAACCCAAACUCUCUACCCGCCGGGUAGACCUCGUAUCCCCGACAACCACAGCCUUUUAAGAAAAGAGUCCCGCGCCCUGGUCAGCAGUGUGACCAAUGACGUCAUGCUGCACUCCGUCUACCCGAUGGUCAUUGUCCGCAUGCCUUGCCUCGAGGAAGCCAUCCUUGAGGAGGAACGUACCAGCGAGGACAGUGGUCAUAAAGUAGCUACUCACGCCAAGUAGGCUUAUCAAAUGAACCC